AUGGCCGACAAGAGCGCUUCCCUCCCACCCUACCAACAAUAUCAAUCACCACUACCACAACAACAGGGCAGCAUUCCUCUUAACAACGGGGCACAAUAUCCCCCGGUAGCUACGAACCAGGGCGGUUUCUAUGCUCCACAACAACAACAACAACAACAACACCACGCGCCUCAAGGCUACCAACAGGGCGGAGGCGGAUAUGUGCAAGGCCCAGGGCCUACCCAGAGCCAGCAGCAACCGCAGAGAGAAGUGGUAGUAGUGCAACAGAAGGGUAGUAGUGGGUGUUGUGGCUGCCUUGCUGGGUUCUGUGCUGGUUGUACCGCGUGCUGUUGCUGUGGGUGUACGGUCAUGUAA